AAGGACCAAAAUAAACUAUAAAUGUGUUCGAUCUGCACAACGCCAAAGAUCGCACUCUUAUUUCGCAAUAUUGGACAGUGAAAAUUGAUUUAUCGCGAUUUGAAUACGAACAUCCUCAAACAUGAAUGUUUUAGAACCGCUGGUUUCCGUGGAUUUCGAAGUUUUCGGCAAAGUUCAAGGAGUGUUUUUCACCAAAUAUCUCAAAGAAAUGAGCGAACAAUUAAACCUAAACGGUUGGUGUAAAAACACCAAACAAGGCACAAUUUGCGGGAAAAUUCAAGGACCCAAACCAGGAAUAGAUCAGAUGGUAGUCUGGCUGACUAGUAUAGGAUCACCCGGUAGUGUAAUUGAACGUUGUAAUCUUACCAAUUGGCAGACACUGGCAAAGCCUGAAAUCAAAGGGUUUUCCAUAAGGUUUUAAGCUUUUUUUUUUGAUAGAUCUGCAGUCGGAAGAAACGACUUCACCUAAAUGAUUACUUGACCAUUCACGGAUGUACAUAAAUUUUGUAUUUUCUUUCUUUUACCUUUACAAUUAAUGAAUAAACUCAUUCGCUACUAA